AAACAGAAGGCCAUACCCGUGUGGAGAGCCAACGACGAUGCUGUGAAAACCAAACUGUGCAGAGAAUUCGAGAAGUGACACCAAAAAUGGCUCCCUUGUCCCGACGCGACUACGAAGAGCUUGGCCAGGAGGCAAUGGAAAAACUGAAAGAGUACCAGAACUCAACAGAAGGUUGGAAGGUUGUUUCCAAGACAAAAGAUGGCGUGCUUGUAGAAUCCAAACCAUCUGAUGUCUUUCAAGGCGGAAACAUGCAAGUCAAAUUUACUCUAGUAUAAUACAUUUGUAUUCAUAUGCCUUGUGGUCUGUUUAAAUAACGUGUACGUCACUUAAAAUGAAAAGGCCUAAACUUGUAUUCUCCAUUAGAACAAAGAAGGGAGAC